AUGGGCAACAAGACAUUCCUCGUAGCUGCUUUGGCAGUCUGUGCGCAGGGACGGGCUCCUCCUCUCCCCAUUGCCAUUGACCUGGAGCGUGGGCUGGAUGCGCGGCUGGCAACGGUCCACGCCUCGCCAUUGCGGCGCGUCCCGGGGCCCAUCACCCACACGUACGGCUCUUGCGCGGCACUCUCGCCCCGAGGCGCCGACCACGUGGUGGCGACGAGCGACUCGGGCAUCAGGGCCUCUCGGCUCGUGUGGGCGAUUCCCCGCGACGCCCCGAGCGGCGGGUGCAUCUCGGCAUGGGACGAGGCCGGCACCUUGGUCGGUCGCAGCGCGCCGCGCCGUCUUUCUGCCCGGGAGGCGGCCGGAGCAGCACCCAAGCCAGUAGCCAUGACCGAGGCCAACGGCUUCGACGUGCUCGGUCCGUGGUUCGACGGCGUAAACGCCCUGAAACAGAGGCAGCCGGGCGCGGGGGACGUCGGGCGCGCAAAGAAGCGCAGCAUCGGCAUUGUCGGCGCCGGGCUGGCCGGCCUCAUGACGUACCUGGUCUUGCACCAGGCCGGCUUCAGCGACGUCCACGUCCUCGAAGCCUCGGACCGGCUCGGCGGGCGUGUCCACACCGAGUACCUCAGCGGAGGACCGUCAGACUACUCGUACCAGGAGCUGGGGGCCAUGAGGCUGCCCAACGACUACGUGGACCCGGAUAGCGGCAAGCGGUACAACAUGUCGGACACGCAGCUGGUGUUGGAGCUCGUCCGCGAGCUCAACAGGAUGAACAAGGACCGCGACGACGACCUGCGCGUGCGCGUCGUCGACUGGAUCGAGGAGAGCGACAACGGGCUGCAGUACUUUGGGGGCAUCCGCCUGCCGGACGGACUACCCCCGACCGUCAAGCAGGUCAGGAACGACGCGCGUCUCUCGCAGGCGUUUGGGUACGGCGCGGAGACAAGAGCCACGAGCAAGAAGCUGCAAGGCGCCUUGCCCGGCCGGGGCUUCACGCUCAAGAUGGUGCAGAACAUGUACAAGGCCCACAGGGAGUGGAACGACGGCGGCCUCCUCCUCGGCAAGCAAAAGGGCGACCGGUGGUCCGAGUUCGCCUUUGUCUCGCAGUUCCUCGGGGGCAGCCUCAACAGCACCGACAUCCUGGUCCAGCAGCAGGACCCCCAGGGCAGCUUCUGGGAGUACCUCUACGACCUCGCGUACGAGAGCGCCGACACGUGGAAGAUGAUUGACGGAGGCUUCAGCCGGCUCCCGCGGGCGUUCCAGCCCCUGGUCCAUGGCAGGGUGCGCUUCAACACGCGCGUCGAGCGCGUCAAGCACGCCGGCGGCAAGGUCACGCUCGAGUGGAAAGAGUCCUUCAUGGACGCCCGCUUCCAGCAGUCCACGUUUGACUACGCCAUCGUGUCGGCGCCCUUCACCGUCGUGCGUCAGUGGCGCCUGCCGGGCAUGGGCGUCACCAUGCUCAACGCCAUCAAGAACCUCGUCUACGACACCAACUGCAAGGUGGCCCUCGAGUACUCGGACCGGUUCUGGGAGAAGAUGGCGAACCCCAUCUUUGGCAGCUGCAGCACCACGACGGACAUUCCCGGCAUAGGGCAGUUCUGCUACCCCUCGUACAACCUGAACGGGACGGGACCGGCCACCCUGCUGGGCACGUACAUUGACGCGUCGUCGAGCCACGAGGUGGCGAGGAUGACCACCAUGUCGGAGGAGGAGCACGUGCGGUACGUUGUCGACGCGGUUGCCGAGAUCCACGGCGAGUACACCCGGCGCUUGUUCACGGGCAAGGGGCGGAGGAAGUGCUGGUCGCUGGAUCCCAACGCCGUGGGGGCCUUUGCGAACCCCUCGGCUGGGCAGCACGAGCUUUACAUGCCCGAGUAUUUCAAGGUGCACAAGAAUAUGAUUUUCAUUGGCGAACACACUUCGUACACGCACGGCUGGCUUUCUUCGGCGCUGGAUUCGGGAAUCAGAGGGGCGGUGCAGAUGAUGCUCGAGCUGGGUCUGGUGGAUGAGGCCAAGGCGGCUGUGACGAAGUGGAUGGUUCCGUGGAUCAAGGGUUAG